UGUGGGCUUGUUAAGUUUUUUGUAUUUCUUAUUGUGUGUAAUUAUAAGAGAUGUCUGUGCAAUAAUAGUCCAAAACGAGAAUUUGGAAACUCCGGCCCUCAAUUGAAGAAACCUUUGCUGGCCUCGAUUUCCUUCAGCUGCAGCUCAUCAUUAAAAGGACAGUUUGAACAAUUGCUCAAAAUGGCAGGCAAGAUCAUUGCAACAGCCGCAGCUCGGCACCCAGCUUAGUCUGUUCCUCCUCCGCGAUGCAAGUUAUAUUACAGUAUCCCACUGAUCAAAAAAAAAGACAAAGUACAUUGCACUUAUCAAAAAGAAGGAUGCACAGCUGGUGCAGAUGUACGUCGAAAGAUAAAAUUGACUCUCCCACGAGAACGAGCAGCGCAUGAUAAAAUCGACGAUUAAAUUGGAUUUACAAAGUGGUGUAUUAAAGUCGUGAAUAGUUUAUAAAACCUAACUACUUUAGAGAAGAGAUCAUGUUGGCCUUUCAUAACGAGCAUAUUGCCAGCUGCGCUUUUCUGACAUACUUCAGUCCGGAGAGCUCCGCUACACCUGCAACAUCGCCCACAUCGACGGCCCAAACGUCGCUCUAUAAUGACAAGCAAUCGAUAACAGGGAUUGCCCAUCCCUGCGGCGCUGUAAGCGUGCGGCGCAUGCGCUUGCAGCAACAUCCAGCCCGGCAACAGCAACAUGCGCCGCAGCGGCAAUCCUUCGGUUUUCCAUACCCACGCCUGGCUCUGACCCAGCGCCUGCAGCUGCAACGCCAUCAGCAGCAGCACUCACACCCAAAUCAGCGGGAUUUUGGCAAAACCCAGGCCAUUUGCUAA